UUAAUCUUUAGAUUGCAUGUAUUUGAUCAAAUCCACAACACGGUUGGAGUAACCAUAUUCAUUAUCGUACCUAAAAUAAAGAAUAAUAAUUAUAAAAUAUUAUUAUUUAGACAUUAGUAAAUUUUUCACAACAGCAAAAAAAUGUCUAACCAUGAGAUGAGUUUAACGAAUUGAUCGUUCAAUGGAAUUCCGGCCUUAGCAUCAAAUAUAGAUGAAUGGUUGUCGCCAAUGAAAUCGGAAGAUACAACUUCAUCUUCUGUGUAACCCAAAAUUCCCUUCAAUGGUCCUUUUGCGGCUUCCUUGACCUUGUCCUUGAUGGCUUGAUAAGUUGCUGGUUUUGCAAGUCUAAAAUAUAAAUUUGAAUAAAUUAUUAUUAUAAAAUUCAGGUUUGCAACUCAUAAAAUAAAAAUUAUAAAAUUUCAACCAUGUUGUUAAAAAAAAUAUAUAUAUAAACAAAAAAAAAAAAAAAAUUAUCAUUAAGAACAAUUAUAUUUUAAAUAGAAAUUAGGUUUUAUAUAAAUGUUCAAAAUAAUUUAACUAAUAUCACUAGUUAUAUAUUAUAACUCACCUGACAGUCAAGUCAACAACAGAAACAUUAGCGACUGGAACUCUGAAAGCCAUUCCAGUUAAUUUUCCGUUCAGUUCAGGGAUGACUUUGCCAACAGCUUUAGCGGCACCAGUAGAGGCAGGAAUGAUGUUUUGGGCUGCACCUCUACCAUCUCUCCAUAACUAUAGAAAACAAAAAAAUUUUAAAUGAGGUCAGCUGUUAAACAAUAUGUAAAUCUUUAAAAUAACUAACCUUUCCGGAUGGUCCAUCAACAGUUUUUUGGGUGGCAGUGGUAGCAUGCACAGUCGUCAUAAGACCCUCAACAAUUCCAAAGUUGUCAUUAAUGACCUUAGCUAAUGGGGCUAAGCAAUUGGUUGUACAUGAAGCAUUGGAUACAACUUUGUAAGAUGGAUCAUAGGCCUCCAAGUUCACACCAACAACAAACAUCGGUGCAUCAGCACUUGGAGCAGAAAUGAUGACUUUCUUGGCGCCUCCUUCCAAAUGGGCAGAGGCUUUCUCGAUGGUGGUGAACACACCAGUAGAUUCCACAACGUAAUCAGCACCAGCACAUCCCCAUGGAAUGGCUUUUGGGUCACGUUCAGAGAAAACGUGGAUCUUGUUUCCUAAUAAUUUUAGUAUAAAAUAUUACUAGAUAAAACUAAAAAAAAAUUAAACUGGACCAAAACAUCCUACUCACUUAGCACUUCACUUAAAAUAAUUUAAAACUUUAUCAUAGGUUACAAACCACAUAUACAGUGUAUGAAAAUUAUGGCAAGGGAAGUAAUUAGUUAACAUUAUCUAUUCAAUUAAUUUUUACCAUUGACUACGAGGAAAUCUCCAUCAACAGAAACUUCGCCCUUGAAACGUCCAUGAGUAGAAUCGUAUUUGAACAAGUAUACCAUGUAAUCAAUACCAAUGAAUGGAUCGUUGAUGGCAACAACUUUGGCACCCUUUUCAACUGAAGCUCUCAGUACCAAUCUGCCGAUACGGCCAAAUCCGUUGAUACCAAUGUUAGACAUGUUGUUUUACUAAAAUACAAAAUUUAAAUAAUUCAUAAAUGCUGUAAUAACAAUUAUUAACUUAAAUUAUACACUUGAAGACAUACAGCUAAAGCUCCAAUUAAUAAAAUAAUUAAUUAGAUUUAGUACUACUUCAAUAUAUGAUUUACCAGUGUAUUUCUAAUUCAGUAUGUGAUCUAACAGUGCGUUUCUAACUUUUAUUUUGUUAAAAAAAAAAAAAAAAAAAAAUAUCUUAAAAAUGUUACUUAAUAUUUAAAAUCAAAUUUUUUAUUUUAUUCAUUAAAAAAAAAAUAUUAUUAUUUUAAUAAUCGUAUCAAGGUUUUUUUUUUUUUAAAUUUUAACUGAAAUAUUUUAUCAUAUUUAAUUAAACAAAUGAUAAUUUUUUUUUUUUUAUUUUAAAUAAAUACUCAUGUUUUUUUAUUGACAUUCAGACAUAUCCAAGUAUAUUAGUUAUUAUUAUUUUUUUUUAUACAUAUAUAUUUACUUAGGUAUAAGUAAUUUAGACACAAUAUCUUAUCUUAAAUAACUAUAAUUAAAAAAAACUAAGAGAUUUAAAUUUGUUAAAAAAAAAAAAAAAAAAAAUAAUUUUCAUACUUGAAUACUUAUUUUGUAUAAUCUACUUCAAUAUGAGAUCUACCAGUGAGUUUCUAAUUCAGUAAGUAGUUUAUCCGCAUAAUUUUUUUAGAUAUUAAAAAAAAUGAUUAUUACAUUAAAUCAAGGUUCUUUUUAAAAAUUUAAAUUGAAUAUUCUAUCAUAAUUAAUUAAUUAAACAAAUGAUGAUAUUUAAAUUGUUUAAUAACAUCUAAUGUUUUAUUAUUGAUAUUCACCAGGUGAGUGGUCAGGAAUUUCCAAAGAGAGGUGUGAUGAAAAAAUGCAAAAUAUUUUUCAUUAAGUAUCACAAUUUAUUAGUUAAACACUUAACAGGACGUGAUAUACAAUAUAGCAAAUUAGCGUUUUGCAAAGACAGCUUUGUGCUAUUAGUUUUAAUAAUACGAGUGAAUUACCUAAUACCAAACUUUAAUAUAAUAACAUUAUAACUGAACAACAUUGGUCUAUUUUUCUAAGUUUUAAUUUUGAAGCAAGCGUUUUCUAUAAGCAUCAUGAAAUUGUGAUAUUUCACAUACCUACUGAUCCUACAGUACCUCAUCUUAUUAGGAAAUUUAAAUAUAAAAACAGCACCAAUGUUACCUAGGUGCAUAAUAUUCUUGUCUUCAAGUUUGGUAAUGAUAAUAAUUCUCUCUUAUAUUGAAACCAAUGGCACAAUACUGUCCCUGCUGAAUGCAAAGUUGAUAUAUCGUACGUUUUGUUUUCAAUAUAAUGAUAGGUAAUGGUAGUAUUAGUAACCGUACAGAUGUAGAACAUACAAAACUCGUCAAUUACAUCAAUAGUCGCGGAUAACAAAUAACUAUAAACUACUGUCAUAGUUUGUGACUCAAUUAUCAGACAUUCACAGUUAUAAGUGCAUAAUUGAUUGCAUGUAAUUUAGAUACACUAUCUAACUUUUAACAACUUUGAGAUUUAAGUUUAGUUAAACCAAAAAAAAAAAAAAAAAAAACAUUGAAUUUCCAUACUUGAAUAGUUAAUUUGUAAUAAGUACCAACAAGACUGAGUUAAAAUAAUUUAGGAAAAAUAGCGAUCAACAGAAAUAAACGGUAUGCAAACAUUUGUAUAUUUUUAUGGGCUUAAUCAAAAUGUUAACCUCAAGGGUAAAACAAUGUAGGCAGAAGAAAAUGACCUCCCACGGGAAAAUCGAAAACCUAAUAUUCAAGUUAAUGCUAAGUUGCCUAUGAAGGUACCUAAACAGGUAACGCGAUAAUAAGAAAAAAAUAAUUCCAAAAUAUUAAUUGUUAUACCUAUAGGUAGCUAUUGUCCUAAACUGGAUUAUAGAGUUAUUUUGUUUGUAUAAUAACGGCAUACACAGAUUAAAUAUAAAAUGAUAGGUGUAAGGAUUUAAAAAAUGUUAUGUUCAUUAUGUCAUUGGAUUGUGAAAAAAAAACAUUAAUAACUCGGUUUUAAACAAAUAGGUAGGUAUAUCAAUAUUUCAUUAAUAACUCAUUGUUUUCGAUUCAAAUAUCGGGAUAUCGGGUAUGGGUUUUAUAUCGGAAUACCGGUAAAAAGUGACAUCGACCUAAUAAUAUCGACUUGAUAAUUAAUCAUACGGCAUAUAAAUACGCGACAUAAUUAAAAAAUUAAUUCAAAUUGUAAGUUUUCCAAAUCAAAUAAUUUUUUAAACAAUAUAGGUAGGUGCGUUACAUUAAGUUGUUGGGAACAUUUGUAAAAUACAUUUAAAUUGAUCAACGGGUAUUAUUAGUACGCUAAUGUUAUUAUAGGUACUGGAUGUAAUAGAGUUCCCAGUAAUAAAUUUAGGUACCUGUGCUUUAAAUAGAAUUUAAGUUAUCGAUCGAAAAUAUACGAGUACCUAUCUAAUAGUGUUUGUAGGGCAAAUUGAAAAAAAAAAAAAAAAAUUAAAAUCACAAAUUGUGAAAUACGAGCUAUAAUGCCAACAACCAACGGUAUUCACCAACGUUUUCGUGUUAUUAAAAAUAAUAUGAAUGACGAAAGUUCAAACGGAGGAUAAAAGGGCGUCCGGCAGCCAAAGAUUUCAGUGCGAAGGUUAGACCAAGGUCAUAGAUGCACGAGCCGGUGUCGCUAGAGUAUUGAUCCGAACGGUUUUUCGGCGACAAAGUCCACACCGGCCGGAAAAGUCACGGGGAAAAAAGAACGUCAAACGAUAGAAAUCCAGGCCUCGCGCCCCGAGCGUCGGACAUGUUUGGAGACCGAACGAUGUGUACGCGUUUGGACGGCCGCGCUUUGGUAAACGUUGCCAAACGAUAAACGAGACCCGGUACAAUGGCGGCGGAUCGGUGCCGUGUACGACCCAUACCGGAGCGUUGGCGACGCGGACGACGGAAAAACGCUUUAAUUGUUCGCAAUAUUGUACACGAUGCGUUUGUGGACGGAAAACGCCGGGCGAAACGCGACGUUAUUAGACAGAUAAAAAACGGAAAUAAAAAAAAUUACCACUUACCUUUUCGGAUAUUCGUGGCAGAAAGUGCGGACUCGGCAGGAUGCGAACGGUAAAUGAUUGCGGCGGCAAGGCGAACAGUGACGGCAGGUUCUCGGUCGGACGCUGCGACUUCCGCACGGCCGGUCGGCGGUCGGCGCGCCGCGUCUCGUUUGCGCACUCCGGCGCGCAUGACGUAACAU